CAGAUAUCUGUACAGUUAAAUUAUUUACUCCUGCAGACCAGUUUUGACUCAAGCAGCCAACAAACGUGUUACAAUUCACUACGGGCAAUCAAACAAGAACAAUGUUUUCUGCGUUGUUGUCAGAAGUCUCGAUUUGCACCAUCGCGGUGUUUUUGGUCGUCUUCCUCACCCUUCUCGUCUUCUUCAAACGGCGUAAGAACCUCCCACCGUCACCGAGUGGGAGCUGGCCUGUUGUCGGCCACCUGUUGUCCCUCGGCCGAGCGCCCCACCUGAAGCUUACGGAGUGGAGGAAGCAGUAUGGCGACGUGUACACUGUUAGAAUGGGGAUGGAAGACGUGGUGGUUCUGAACGGCUGCCGGGCCAUCAAAGAGGCGCUUGUGGACUACAAGGAUGCUUUCUCCAGCAGGCCAAGCGUGUAUGUGCUGAAUCUGUUUUCUGGGUUUGGAAAAAACCUCGGGUUCUCAAAAUUCAACGAAGCCUACAAAGAAAAACGCAAGUUUGCCUACAGUGCGCUGAGAAACCUGGGAAUGAGAAUGGGACCGGGCAGUAUGGAAGAAAACAUCAGAGAAGAGGGUCGUCAGCUCUGUCUGUUGUCGGAACAAGGGGACGCAAAUCCACGUGACAUCGCCGACAACCUGACUGUGUCAGUCGCCAACAUCACCUGCUCCAUGGUGUUCGGGAAACGCUACGACUAUGAUGACGUCACGUUUGUGGAACUGACCAAAAGCAUCAACAAACUGUUCGCCGAACUUGGAUCGAGUCAGCUGAUGACCGUAUUUCCAUUUCUGCGAUUCGUACCGGGAGUUAAUUCAUCAAACAGGAUUAUUGUCGAAUGCCUAAACGAGGUCCAGGCAUACCUUCGACAUGAAAUUACAAAGCAUCGCGAGAACCUGGACAACGAGAAUCCACGAGACUUCAUCGACCUCCUCCUCACCGAACUACAGACCCAAGAGAAGACCGACUGCUUAACAGAGGAGAACAUUGUGUUUAUAAUCCAAGACCUGUUUACUGCUGGAGUCGAGACCACGGCCACUACCUUGCGAUGGGGUCUUCUGUACAUGGUUCUGUGUCCAGAGGAGCAGCAAAAGGUCCAAGCUGAGCUGGACAGUAUCCUGGGAACAGACCAUGACGUGCCCACCCUGGCCCACAGGUCCCAGCUCCCGUAUACUGAGGCUACUAUCAUGGAGAUCCAGCGAAUCAGGGCCAUCGGUCCCCUUGGUGGUCCUCACGCUCCAAACGAGGACACGGCUUUCCGAGGCUACGACAUCCCAUCAGGAACGCAGGUUCUUCCCAACCUGUGGUCAGCUCAUAUGGACCCGGAGUUCUGGCCGGACCCAGAGAAAUUUGACCCCCGUAGAUUCUUGGACUCUGAUGGCAAUGUGGUCCGUAGGCAGGAAUCCUUCAUGCCUUUUUCUACAGGACGUCGUGCCUGCAUCGGUGAGCAGCUGGCUAAGAUGGAGCUCUUUCUGCUCUUUUCUUCCCUCCUGAGACACUUCACCUUCAAGUUGCCAGAGGGCGCCGCUGCACCUUCGACAGUUGGCUGCUUGGGUUUAACCUAUGUCCCACCAACAGUUAAUAUGUGCAUAACCAAACGCUAGGGAUACAAUGUCGACAUAAUUGUGAUAUUGGCUCACAAUACCUAUAUUCUAAAAGGUGACUGAGUUACCUUGUUUAGAUAUUUUAGAUAUUGACAUAAUGCCAACUGAAAAGUAAAUGAUGAAUAUAUGUAUAUUUAUAUCCAUCAACAAACAUAUAUCUUUAUAUAUUUUUCCAGUACAUAUAUUUGUCAUAUUGUACAACCUUGACCUACUACGGAGAACCAUCUCUAAAGACCCAUUACGUAGAUCGUAGCUACAUAUAUACAAUAAAUGCGGGAAUACUUGGGAUACUCGUGCAUUAUAUCGUAUAAAUUUCAAUUGUCUUACUACGGAGAAUAUUGUCCUAGAUCCUGGUCAGUGGUUUGUUUGGUUAGCCUGUUGAAAAAAGUAUAUGACUGUAUUGAAGUCGUAGGAUGACAUACGACAAAUGAGUGUCCGUAAUAGAUUUGGCUACUUUUAGAUGUUAACUGCACCUCGGUGCAAGUACGGAUACUUUUAGCUUAAUAAUAUUAAUAGGGAGGCCAAAGGUAAAUGUUUUUUAAGCAUUUUUAAAGACAUACAUUGCAAAAUUACAUUAAGCAGUUAGUGGCCAUGAAAACUUCAUUCGCUGUUAAAACGUACCACAAGUAAUAAAGUCAAUUUCAGAGUAAUGCGAUGCCAGUUAGUAUACUUCUAUUACAUAUGAAAUGGAGAAGAAAAUGAAUUGAUCUGAUUGAGUGGGUUACGAGUGCACUAAGAUGUGUGUAGAAGUCAUUGAUUAGAAAUUCAACGAUUAUUGUUUAUUCUUAACUCAAUUUAGUACAUACUGAGAUUUUCAUAAGACUUGUGGUUGAGACUGUACUAGUGCCCAUCUCUGUCAUUAACUUAUUACCUACCUGUAAAUCUGGAACUGGAAUGAAGGAUUUCUGAUAAACUCUGAGGUUGAAACGAGCAUCUUACAAAGUGAUAAUUUUGUACUUUUUGCUUUGAAAUUUCUCCUCAAAGGUUGUCUCAGUCAGCUAUAUGUGAAAAUCUCUUUAAAUAAAUAAAUAAAGUAGAUAGACGAAGGCGUCAACAUUCUCAAUGUCAAUUUGAUAUUUUGCUAUAUUCCAUAAAUUCAUAAAAACACUAUUGUAAACUUGAGAUAUUAGGACAUGAAUAUGUUUUUUUAAAAUAAAUUUUAUCAUUUUCCAACAAAAACAAACAAAUACAAAUGAAAUACUACGGAUCCUGCGAUAAUGAUAAAGCAAGUAAAAAAAAGUGAAUGGAGUAAUACUUAUGAAUACAAAUCAAUAGGCGUAGUAAAUACAAAUAAACAAGCAGAAAUACAGAAAUAAUCCUGAUCAGAAUUAUA